GAUUUGAACAUACUUUUUACUACCGCGCGGAUUAAAAUAUAAUACACUAUUCACGUCGUCUGCCCUUCUGCUUUAUUGGCCACGGCUUUGAUCGAAGACUAUAAUAGUAUUAUAAUAUCCUUAUAGGCCUCUUUGCACUACGUUGGCAUUUUGGCCCGGAUCACUAUUACACAAUACUAUUGGCCUCUGUCUUCCUAGUCACGACGUUGGUGCCAUCAGUCGCAGAAGAACCUACGUUAAAUCGAGUGGACUUAUUUGUGGUUGUCAUCCCAGGGAGCAGCUUUCAAGUAACAUUCAUUCUGUAAUAAUUGUUAUUACCAUAUUGCUCAAUACACCACUUGUAUUUAUAAUUGUAUAUUUGUUACCCUUGGUUUAUUUUACCCGUACACAAACACCUAGGGUUUCCACUGUUAACUCUUUUGGCAUAUUAUUAUUAAUAACCUGGUGUAUUAAUAUAUCUUGUAUAAGCUUUUUUUGCUGGGAACCACCACAAAUCUGGUGAGCCCGUAAAUUUCACUUUCGAAACUAGUUCUGAGUUCACUCACAAACAUUUCGGCGUUAUUUUUCUUUUUGGUAGUAAUUAUUUUUUUUAUACAUUUGUAAUGUAUCCAUCCGACGCUGAUGGCAUUAGUCAGGACUGCAUUUAAACAGAGUUAAACGCUCUAAACUUGAUGAAUGUGCCUCCAUUUAGCCGAUUAAAUCCACGUAUUUGGUUUGCACAAGUGGAAGUACAGUUUCAGCGGCGUAACAUACGUUCACAAACAUCAAAGUACUCUUUUGUGCUUGGAAUACUACCGACGGAAGUAGCAUCUGAGGUAUCGGAUCUCAUAGAUAAUGUCCCUGCAGCUAAUGCAUAUGACCAGUUAAAGCAGGCCAUCAUCCAACGUACCUCAUUAUCGGACGAAAAGAGGCUACAACAAUUCCUACACGAGUGUGAGUUAGGUGACAAGUCACCCUCCCAAUUAUUACGCCAGAUGAGGCAGUUAGCUGGACCUUAUAAAGUUGAUGAUGUUUUUCUGAAGGAAAUUUGGCUACAACGUUUACCAACGGUAGUUAAGCAAAUUCUUUGUGCUUCUAGCCAACCUUUAGAUUUAGAAAAUCUAGCUAGCAUGGCCGACAAAAUUUUAGAGGUUACACCUUGUACUACACCGUAUGUGCAGACACUAUCAGAGACUUCGAAUGACAGGCAAACUCCUACAAUAGCGUCGUUAACAGCCGAAUUAGGCGAACUACGAGCACAUCACGAACGAACCAUUGCCAGUCUCGAAAAUAAACUAGAUGGAUUACAACUAUUACUUUCCAAUCUCACAUCUAAAAGGUCUCGCUCCAGUUCCCGAGGGAGUAAGAAUCGAGACACCUCAAAAGGAAAGAAAUAUGAUGAUCACAUAUGUUGGUACCAUAGAAAAUACGGUGACAAAGCUAGGAAAUGCGUCACGUCUUGUAAAUUUUUCAAGUCAUUUUCCUCACCUAAAGGUGUCAACCAAACCAUGGUAACAACAAAUAUUUCGAGUGAUCCUCAUACUCGCCUUUUCCAUGUCCUUGAUAAAACUUCAGGAUAUAAAUUCUUAGUAGACACUGGAGCAGAAGUCAGCGUUAUUCCAGUUACCUUAGCCAACAAACCUGUUCCUAAGGGUGGAAAAUAUACCCUAAGGGCGGCUAACAGGACUGAAAUAAAGACAUUCGGCGAACAAUUUCUAACAUUAGACUUGGGAAUUAAACGUCAUUUAACCUGGGUAUUUAUUAUUGCUGACGUCCGCCACCCCAUAUUAGGUGCAGAUUUUUUAAGCUUCUACAACUUAUUAGUUGACGUAAAAAGAAGAAAACUUAUUGAUUCCUGCACUAAACUUCAAGUCCUGGGAAUUCAGUCAGACUACCACAUACAUAGUAUUAAAAUUGACACUCCAGGAAACGACAUAUUCACCACUAUUUUAUCUAAAUUUCCCAAAAUAACGAAACCGGACUACAGUGAAAACACGGUCCAACAUUCUGUAGUACACCGGAUAAUCACAAAAGGCCAACCAACAUCGGCACGUCCACGCCGAUUACCACCGAACAAACUGAAUGUUGCAAAGGCUGAAUUUGACCACAUGAUGCAACUAGGUAUAAUACGUCCUUCAAAUAGCCCAUGGGCAUCCCCACUCCAUAUGGUGCCCAAGCGGGAUCAGGAUUGGCGACCCUGUGGUGAUUAUAGGUCAUUGAACAACCUAACGUUACCGGACCGUUACCCAAUCCCUCAUUUACAUGAUUUUUCGCUCACUUUACACGGCAAACAUUUUUUUUCUAAAAUCGACCUUGUACGAGCGUACCAUCAAAUCCCAGUAGCACACGAGGACAUAGCAAAAACAGCCAUCAUUACUCCAUUUGGUUUGUUUGAAUUCCUGAGAAUGCCAUUUGGAUUAAAGAACGCCGCACAAACUUUUCAACGAUUUAUGGAUGAGGUCACUAAAGGCCUAGAUUUCGUUUUCGUGUAUAUUGAUGAUGUAUUGAUAGCUAGCAAGUCGUUCCACGAACACAUUGAUCACCUACAUCAAUUAUUCGAAAGAUUUCAGAAAUAUGGCAUAGUUAUUAAUCCAUCCAAAUGUAUUUUUGGGGUCGAGAGUUUAGAGUUUUUAGGUCACAUGAUCGACAAACAUGGAAUUAAACCGUUGGAUACAAAAAUAGAAGCCAUCAAGAACUUCCCAGAACCCGAUUCAUUGAAUAAACUUCGGCGUUUUUUGGGGAUGAUCAAUUUUUAUCGUCGCUUUAUUCCACAUUGCUCAGCCAUUCUACAACCUUUGACCGAGGUGUUAAAAGGCAAAGCUAAAAAGUUCACAUUACCCCCCGAAGCGAAAGAUGCUUUUUCUGCAGCUAAAACAGCGAUCGCUGCUACAACUAUGCUGACCUACAUAAACCCUGAUCCGGAAGCAACACUAAUCUUGUGUACAGAUGCAUCUCAGGCAGCAAUAGGUGCGGUACUACAACAGCGAGUGAAUAAUGAGAUCAAACCACUUGCCUUCUUUUCAAAAAAGCUAGAACCAACUCAAACGCGAUAUAGUACUUUUGGUAGGGAACUAUUGGCUAUUUAUCUGGCUGUUAAACAUUUUAACCACUUACUUCAAGGCAGAGAUUUUGUGAUACUCACGGAUCACAAACCUUUAACCUAUGCUUUCAACGCUAAAAGUGAUCGAUAUUCUCCUAGAGAAACGCGACAAUUGGACUAUAUUUCUCAAUUUUUAACCAACAUACAGUUUAUAAAAGGAGAAUCAAAUGUUGUUGCGGAUACCCUGUCACGUUUCAAUGUCGAUGCAAUUUCCUUCACCAAAGGAAUCGAUUUAUCAGAGAUGGCACGUCUACAAAUAGAUGAUCCCGACCUUGUAGCUUGUAAACAAAAUUCGAGCCUGUCCUUAAAAAGUGUUCCUAUACCGCAUUCCGACUCUACUAUCAUUUGUGAUACUUCGACCGGAAUACACAGACCUUUUGUUCCAAUAGCGUACAGAAAAAGAGUUUUCGAUUGCCUUCAUUCUCUAUCUCAUCCAGGAAUCCGCGCUACUGUGAAACUGAUUUCGGAAAGAUUUGUUUGACCAAAGAUGAAUGCAAAUAUAAAACAAUGGACUAGAAAUUGUUUACAAUGCCAGCGCAGCAAAAUUCAUAGACAUACAAUUACAACACCGUCAACAUUUAGUCUACCCGACCAUCGUUUUCAACAUGUUCAUAUUGAUCUAGUCGAUCCUUUAGCCCCAUCUAACGGAUUUACUUACAUUUUUACUGCGGUAGACCGUUUUACCAGAUGGCCAAUUGCUUGCCCAAUAAAAGACAUCUCCGCUGAAAAUGUUGCCGCCGUAUUUCUCGACAGAUGGAUCGCUAAUUUUGGUGUACCUUCCACAAUUACUUCUGACAGAGGUUCGCAGUUCCAAUCUCACCUCUUCAACGAAUUUACCCGCAUUUUGGGAAUCCAUCACAUCACUACAACAGCAUACCAUCCAGCAGCAAACGGACUAGUAGAACGAUUCCACAGACAACUAAAAAGCUCACUGAUGGUACAACCUGAUGUUUCUAGAUGGAGCGAAUCCCUACCUCUUAUUUUACUUAGCAUACGUUCCACAAUUAAAGAAGACCUCCAAUGUACUCCUGCACAGCUCGUCUAUGGAACUAAUUUAACCUUACCUGGUCAACUAGUGACGCAUAGUUGCAAACCCGUAUGUACGGAUCCCACUUCUUUUUGCGAAAGACUAAUGAGCCAUAUGAAUCACAUCAAACCUGUUUCACCUCGACCAGCUGUCUUAAAAGAGCAAGUUAGCAAACAUCUAGAUACGUGUAAAUUUGUAUUCGUUCGUGUUGACUCUGUAAGACGUCCUUUACAACACCCGUAUGAAGGACCGUAUGAAGUAAUUGAGAGGCAAACAAAAUAUUUCACAAUCAAAAAGAACGGAAAAAACGAGACAAUCUCAAUUGACAGGAUAAAACCUGCUUUUGUAGAAUACGAAACACAUGACAGUCAAAAAGCCAUCUAAAGACAGCAGCAGUCGUACAACGCAGUUUCCUGAACUUCC